AUGGAAGAAGCUCUAGACGAUGGAGUUCUGCGGCUCAGCAUGCGAUACCGCGAUUUUACAUUGUUUCUCGACUUGAAAGACCAAUAUCACAAGGAGCUCCUAACGCGGCUUACCGAACACACCGAACAAUUGGAAUUCGACUGGGGAAUGUUGGAGCAAUCUAGACAGGAGCGGAUGUCUUGUGCUGAGAGCUUUUUGGGCCGGUAUGGGAUGCUGUAUUGGGGUAACGAGGUGAACAGAGAGAAGUUUCUUAUGGAGGAUUCUCGAGCGGAUCCGGCUUCUCCUUGUAUCUAUCCGGAGAGGAAAAAGGAGUGA